AUGGACAGCAAUCCCGACCUAAAGGAGCAAAAAGCCAGUCUCUUCGCCCAGCCCACACCGCCUGCCACCCCCUCUGCCAGCGCUCGACACGACGAGUUCUUCGCUCAGGUCCAACCAAGCGUCCAAACCCACUUUCCGAAACCGCAUGACCCCAGAUCACUUGUUCGCAGCGACGCCCACGUCCCCGAAUGGGGAAGCGGGCUUUUCUUCAACCAGCCGCGUUCGCGCGCCGCCGCGCCGCCGCCCGAUGACAUCUUGAAAUACUCGAAGCAGCAGGACGGUCUAGUUCAGCGCAAGUCGCGCCGGUCGCCCAAGAGGGCGAGCAUAAGCAGCAUUUCCCGGGACUCCAGUGGCUCCCGGCAGCGCUGGUCUUCGGACUGGACUGUCGAGCCGGCCGUUCAAGGCAACGGCGGCCUAGCGAAUGCCGUUCGUGCCGCCAUCAAUGCUGGUACCAUGGAAGACGUCUUUUGGGUUGGCACCGUAGGCUUCCCUACCGACGCGCUCGACGACCACAAGAAGGACGAGAUCUAUGACAAACUUGAGUCCGAGUACGAUGCCCUCGCCGUGUGGGUCGAUGACAACGACUUCGACGGUCACUAUGCCCACUACUGCAAGACCAUCCUCUGGCCCGUCUUCCACUAUCAGAUUCCCGACCACCCCAAGAGUAAGGCUUAUGAGGAUCAUUCAUGGAUCUACUACGAGCACGUCAACCAGGCCUUCGCGGACAAGAUCGUCAAGAGCUACAAGCGGGGCGACAUCAUCUGGAUCCACGACUAUCACCUCCUGCUUGUCCCCGGUAUGGUCAGGAAGAAGCUUCCUGAUGCCCAGAUCGGAUUUUUCAUGCACACGGCCUUCCCGUCGUCCGAGGUCUUCCGGUGCUUGGCUGUGCGGAAGCAGCUCCUGGAGGGAAUGCUCGGCGCAAAUCUCGUCGCCUUCCAGUCGCGUGAAUACGCACAUCAUUUCCUUCAGACUUGCAGUCGCAUUCUUGUUGUCGAAGCUACCAAUGACGGCGUCCAGCUGGAAAACCGCUUUGUCAACGUGGCUUGGCUGCCCAUUGGCAUCGACCCCAAGGGUCUGGAAGCUGCUCGCGAAGACCCAAGCGUUAAGGAGUGGAUCGAGGUCAUGCAGGACCGAUACAAGGGCAAACAGCUCAUUGUUGCUCGCGACAAGUUGGAUGCCGUGCGUGGUGUCCGGCAGAAGUUGCUGGCUUUCGAGCUCUUCCUCAACAAGUACCCAGAAUACCGCGAAAAGGUCGUCAUGAUCCAAGUUGCCACGUCAACUACCGAAAACUCUGAAUUGGCCAUGACUGUUUCAGAUAUUGUCACUCGCAUCGAGUCAACCCACUCGACUCUGGCCCACCAGCCGCUUGUGUUCCUAAGGCAGGACAUCUCCUUCUCUCAGUAUUUGGCCUUGCUAUCCGUAGCUGAUGCCUUGAUGAUCACGAGUCUCCGCGAGGGCAUGAACCUGACGGCGCACGAGUACAUCGCUUGCCAGGAUGGCAAAGCCAGCGAGAAGAAAUGUGGGCCGCUGAUUCUCAGCGAAUUCACGGGCAGUGCGUCCAUAUUCAACGGCCACGAGCUCUCGGUCAACCCUUGGGACUACCAGAAGUGUGCCGAGGCCAUCAAGACGGCACUGGAGAUGGACCCGGACGAGAAGGAGCGGAGAUAUACCAGACUCCGCAACGUCGUGAUGCAUCAUACGGGCGAGUAUUGGUGCACGACGUUGACCAAAACUCUUGCCAGAGUCCACGAGGAACAUUUCAUGCGCGACACCAUGUCGAUUCCCCGGCUCUCGGUCCACCAGCUGUGCGAGAAGUACAAGAGAUCCCACCGCCGCAUCUUCAUUCUGGAUUAUGAGGGUACGCUCGCGUCUUACGGUUCUCCGACAAGCAUCAUCAUGACUAGUCCACAACGCGUCAUUGAUGCUCUGAACGAGAUUUUGAUGGAUGAUAAGAACAUUGUCUACGUCAUGAGUGGUCGUACUCCCGAGGAACUGGAGCGUCUGUUUAGCCGCGUGCCCGGUCUGGGCAUCAUUGCUGAAAACGGGUGCUUCGUGCGCGAAUUUGGCAAAGAAGGCUGGACGGCGUUCGCCGACACGUCCAAGGUCGACGAGUGGAAGGACAGCGUCAAGGGCAUUCUCCAAUACUACCAGGAGCGGGUCGAGGGGAGUUGGCUCGAGGAGCGUCACUGUUCUUUGUUCUUCCACUACGAUAAAGCAGACGACUUCGAUGCUGCUGCGACUCAGGCAGGAGAGUGUGCAACCCACAUCAACGACGUGUGUGAGUCGGCCCACGUUCAUGCUGUACCAAUCGACAAGAGCAUCCUCAUUGAGCCGCUCGACUGGAGCAAGGGUAGCGCGGCGACGCACAUUUUCAAUAAGCUCCACAAGAACAACCUCGACAAGGGAGCAAGCUCUCCAGCCGACUUUCUCCUCGUUGCGGGCGACGAUCGCGAGGACGAGGUGAUCUUCCGGUGGGCGAACAAGCUUGCUACUACGGGUGUAAUUAGGGACGUGACGACCGUUAGUGUCGGCACCAGGAACACGGAAGCCAUGGCCACGCUGACCCAAGGCACCACCGGUCUGCUGUCGGUCCUCCAGAAACUGGCCAAGCUCUCAGAUUAA